AAUCAGGCAAAAAACAAGAGUCACCUGAUUUCCAGCAGACAUGCGCGCAAUGAGGUUGUUUUUCCUCUUCCGUCAUCAAUAUUCAUAAAAAGUCAUUUCUGUCCUGGCAUGAAAAUAAAACUUAUGUUGCUGAAGGAAACAUCAUCAAACCUUAAAUAACGGGGAAUAAAUACUUUAAACUGAUUAAACUUGGGGUCGUAUUACAAGUGGAAAAUGGCCAAUGAUCCUCACAUCACUUGGGCUCAAGAGGUCAUCAUCUGCGACCUUUGUGAGACCCCCGCUAGACAAUUCUGCAACAGUUGCCAAGUCAGUCUAUGCUUGUGUUGCAUUGGUAAACACAUGGACAGUAUCCAGACCCUGAAACACGAGGUUGUUCAGUUCAAGGACAGAAAAGUACAGCUGGUUUACCAGGAGUGUGGGAGUCACUCUGGCCAAAGAUGCGAGGCCCUGUGCUCUCGGUGUAAUGUUCCAAUCUGCAUGUUUUGUGUCAUUAGUACUCAUAAUGGACACACUAUCAGACCUAUGAAAGAUGUAGUCACUGGAUUGAAGAGCGAAAUUCAACACGAAACACGGGAUAUUGAAUCCAAUCUCCUUCCACUCUACAAGGAGAUGAAGAAAAAUACUGAUAAGGAUAUUGGUAAAUCAACACAAAAAUUUAACAGUCUUGAAUCAGACAUAGAGAAACUAAGAAAAUCAUGGCAACAAGAGGUAGACGCCAUCUUUAACAAAUUCUGCUCUUUGAACAAGUCAAUGCGAGAGAACCACUUGUUUGUCCUGACAUCUCAUCAGUCCCUUCUUGAAAACCAGAUUCAAGAGAUGACCAAAACAGUUCAGCAAAACAAGGAAAUUCACCAAUCGAACAAGGUUUCAGAGGUCACCAAUCACCAAUCCAAGCUGACUGAGUACAAAGAAAUCCCUACAAUCGUACAACAACCGAUACCAUCCCUAAACAGCAACACUGACCCCGGAAAGGAAUUAACUAUAGAGCUAGGAGAAUACACAGCUACUCUAAAACAGGCAGAGUUAUCAAGUCAGAAAGAUGCGGAAUUUUCCUCUGUGUGAAAUAAUUUUAAAACCAAACAAUAAUUUAAUUUUUUUAGAGUAUGAAAAUCAUUGAUAUUGUAUGCCUGUCUUGUCAAUGACAUUGUAUAGCAUUUUUUUCACAUAUUGUAUAUACAUGUAUUUUAUAUGCAUAACUAACUCUCUUAUUCAUAUCUCACAAGUGUGAGUGAUUAAAUACGUGCUCUAUAUGUAACAGAUGUAUGUAUUGAAUGAAAAGUUAUCUUAAACUUGAAAUUUUACCUUUGAUCUUUCACAAAACUAUCUUUUAUAUGCUUUUUUUGUUGUUGAUGAAAAUAUGAAACGAGUCAGAAUUAACCCCCCACCCCCCCCCCCCCACCCCUUUACUUAUUACCCUUGCCUUUCUUUGUUUUUAUUUAUGGUAAAAUUAGAAAAGUACAAUGAAUAAUGUCCCAAAUCAAAAACUAUUAUAUUACGUGAUAUGCAUCACAAACGUGUCAUUAUAUUAAUCUGUAACCAAACCAAUGAAAAUUGCGCUCAAAUGUUACUAGAUCAAAGGAAAGUAUCUAAGUUGUAUAACAAUCAUAUGUCAAAUAUUCUAUUGUGCAUUGUCCAUGUUAAAACCACUUUCCUAGAUCGCACAAUAUUGUUCCUAACUGUUUUUAGUAAUCGAUAAAAAGCUGGUAGGAACAAAUCGUUAAAGGUUAUAGGUUUUAAUUUAUUAUUUUAACAGUGAUCAUAGAUUUAAAAAUAAAACAAUAAUUAUUAAGAUAUAUUUCAAAUCCUCUUAAU